UAUCGCAUCCUUCAUCGCUGUCACAGAGCCAAACAGACGGUCACUUGUUGAGAGACAAGUAAACACUCUCAUUUUCCACCUCCUAUCCCCUUCCCAUCCUGUUACUUGAUACCACUUACCGGAAAGCUGAUGGGGACAGGGAAGGCGGACGUACGGAAUCAACAACCAGAACAUCAGAGGCGUAAUACGAGCAUAGUAGUCAAGAGAACGACGACGAGCGACAACAUCAACAUUCGGUACCCAUAGCAACCAUGGGUGGAGCAGACUACAAGAAGAACGCUGGCUUCAUAGGAGGAAUCAGUCUCCUCAUCAGCAGUGUCACGGGACCGGGAAUCCUCACCAUCCCGCUGCUCUUCCAACAAUCCGGGUGGCUAUUACCAAUAGUAUGCUUCAUCGUCAUCGCAUUCCUCUCCGGCCUCGGCUGCCUGUUCCUUAUCGAGAGCAUGACGUAUUUUCCAGGGAAUGAGAAGUUUCAGAGAAACGUCGAGCUGACUGUCUUGGUGCAUCAGUUCUACGGGCGCAAAUGGUACUACCUGAUGCACGUCGUCCUCUACGGCUCCCUCCAAUCCUUCAACAUCGCCUCCAUCAUCUCCGCCGCCCAGACAUUCGACUCCUUCCUAAUAACCCUAGCCGGCCAAACAUGCGGGUACGGCAUCAGCCCGCAGGCGGGCUUCAUUUGCGUCAGCGAGCAGACGAAUUCGAAUUCGCCGUUUGGGGAUAACUAUAUGUUGGCUACUGCGGGGUUUAUUCUACUGCUAGUCCUCGUGAUCCCGCUCAUCUCGCUGAAUCUGAACGAUAACCUGAUCGUCCAACUGCUCUCCGUGGUCUACCUCGCCUUCGCCAUCUUCAUCUACGUCUGCAUCGCGUUGGCCGUUGGCCUCAACAAUGCUGGGAUGAAGACGAUCGGGAAUGAUAUGACGCCUGUGUUGGGGACUGUUAUGUUUAAUUACACGCUGGCGAAUACGGUGCCUAGUUGGGUUAAUACGAAGCACAAACGGGUCCCGAUCGCGAAAACCAUCUGGUACUCCGUCUGGAUCUCCACGGCUCUGUAUAUCGUCAUCGGCAUAUUCGGCGGCGCCGCCUUCCCGAUGCCCGACGACUCUAACCUGAUACAAGCGGUCAGCGCCAGCACGAACGUGUCGCAGUCCGGCAAGAACAUCAAUGCGCUGAUCAACGUCACGUACCCGAUCUUGGUCCUGCUGACGUCUAUACCGGUGUCGAUCAUUAUCGUGAAGCUGAAUUUGGUGUCGAGUCGGUUGUGUACUGGAUCAUGGGCCCAAUUCUGGGCCGCCGCCGUCCCCUUCCUCGCGGCCCUCCCCUUCCAAACCGGCGCCUGGAUCACCGUCUUCUCCAACUGGACCUCGCUCAUCUUCCAAUCCACCUGCAACUUCGCCGCCCCCUUCCUCGUCUACCUCUUCCUCCACAAGCGCAACAUGGUCAUGCAGCAGUCCGUCCUCGACGAACUCGAGUUCCUCGACUUGGAUGCCGGGAUCAAGAAGUGGAGGGAUGAUGAUGAUGAUUUCGAUUAUGUGUACCAUCUUCCGCACGCGGAUCUAACACGGUUGGGGAUGAGGAGGUAUAACCCCUUCGAAAACGCGGUGGGCGCAUCGCAGGCGAGUCUCGGGCACGGGCUCCACGACCCAACCGCAGCGGGGGGCGGCGGCGGGUUAACGGUCCCAGGAGCGGGUGGGCUCGCCCCACCGGGCGCAAUGCAGUCCCAGUUCCUGUACCGCGGCCGCGGCGGCGGGGUCGGCCAAUCCGUGUCGGCGCUCUCAACCGCGUCUGGCCAGUCCGCCCGGCAGCUCAUGAAACAGAUGCUUGGACCGGGCGGUGAUCGCCCGCCACGACGUAAACUGGGCGCGCAAGGUGGGGCGGUGGGAAGCGACGGCGCAAGUGUCAUGCUCGGCGGCGCACAGUCCCGCCGCACAAGUUUGGGCGGGUCCGGGCUCAACCUCGGUGUACCCGGCGGCGGCCCGAACGCCCCCGGCGCCCGCUCCCGGCGGAUGUCCCUAAUCAGCGGAGGGGGCAACUUGAACAAGAUUUUUCCCGUGUCCGACAUGGACGACCUUGAAGCGAAAGGCACCGACGGGAAGCGGUUGGACGCGGAUAUGGCUGCGCCCAGUUAUAUUGUGGAGGACGUGACGGGGGAAUUGGGGCAGUUUCGCGCGAUGCCGUAUUGGGUUACGAGGCGGGUGAGCCCGAGGGUGGUGGCGGGGGUUAGUUUGAUGAUUAUGAUGAGUGCGGCUCUUGUGGUGCUUGUGUUGGAUAUUAAGGCCGGGUGAUGAUUGGAUCUGCGGUGGUGUGAUGGUCGGAUGUUUGGGACAAGGGACGGGGGCUGAUUCAUGAACGCUAUGGAUGGUCGGCGAAAACCCGUGUUCGGCGGGACGGGUGCUGUCAAGGACCUUCUUUUCUGUAUAGUGGAAUUUUUCGUUUCCUUCUUUGUUAUCUUCAACCUUUUUUUUCCUAUUUGAAGGGCAUUGGUCCUCGUAUUGUCGCAAAAAAUGAACGUUCGGAUUGCAGA